AGAUGAAACUAUAAGGGUAUAAUAACAAUUUAAAAUAAGGUCGGCGAUUCCCACUUCAGACUUCAGAGUGUCGCCUCCAAUUUCAAUUAGGGUUCCUACUUUCUUCUCCUUUCUCGUAACUUGAUCAAAUCUGCUUACUGUGGAGUUAUACACCUUGAAGAGUCUCGCGAUAAUGAAGAAAUUCUAUCAAAAUGCUGAUCAUGAGACUGAUAAAUCCAAAUCGGCGGAGACGAAGAAGAGGAAGAACAUGAGGAGAUUAGGAGGCGGUGGUCUUUCUCUCCAAACUUUUGCCAACAUGAAAUCGGAAAAUAAUCGCUAUAACCCUUCUUUGAUCAAAAAGCAAAAAGAGUUCUACAAGAAUGCAAAGUAUGUGAGCAAGUUUAGGAAGUCGUUGAAGCAGCAGAACAUUCCUGAUAAGAAUGAGACUGGAGAGACUAGUAAGGUAGGUGAUGAUGAUGAUGAUGAUAAGCGGAAGGGUAAAUCUAAUAAGAGAAUUGGUGUAGAGGAUUUGUACAAGCAGACAAGAGAAGAGAUGGAGAGAGUAAGGAAGGAGAGAGAGGCAAUGUUUCAGGCGAAGAAGGAAGCGAAAGAAGAGGCUGAAUCUAGGAGGAAAGAAGCAAAGGGGAAAAUGUUGAGGAAGACUCGACAUGGUCAGCCUGUAAUGAAAUACAGAAUUGAGCAUCUUCUUGAAUCCAUCAAGAAAUCUGCCGGAAUCAACGAAAUCGCCUAACUUGUGCGGGUUGAUACAGUGCAGAUGAAGAACCCAGUGAGGAGAAGUUGCUGGUGUUGCGGAGGCUCAAAGCAGAAACCUUGUUGUCACUCAGAUACUGACCUUUUUCUUCCCGGAGAUAUUAUGUUACACUACUGCUUAUACUUUGAGAGAUGCUUUGCGGCAACAUAUGUAGUUUUUUGCUAGGCCUUACCGUUUAGCUCAUGAUUUUAGAUGUUUCUUUACAAACUUCUUUUACUAUAAAUCUUAUAAAAUGAUAAUUUUAUUCCAAACA